AUGGCCGUCCUUCCUUUCAGGCUGCGGCUGCGGCUGCGCACGGCGGCCAUUUCCGGCUUGAGCCCCUCGACUUCUGUCGUCUGUCCUAGCAGACAGCACAGAGACGGCGGCUCCUUCUCCUGCCGUGCCGCGGCGGCAGCCGGGCGGCCGAUCAUCGUCUCCGGGGACCCGCCCACGUUCGUCUCCGCCCCCGGCCGCCGCAUUGUCGCUGUUGGCGACCUCCAUGGUGAUCUCCACCAAACGAGGGCUGCACUGGUGAUGGCCGGUGUCCUGAGCGCGGAAUCAGAUUGUCAUGUGUGGACAGGCGGGCAGACGGUUCUGGUUCAAGUUGGGGAUAUCCUUGACCGUGGAGAAGAUGAAAUUGCAAUACUGUCCCUGUUGAGUUCACUCAAUGUGCAAGCAAAAUCUCAAGGCGGUGCUGUGUUUCAGGUAAACGGAAAUCAUGAAACAAUGAAUGUGGAAGGCGAUUUCCGGUACGUCGAUCCAGGAUCAUUUGAUGAGUGUAUACGCUUCCUGGAAUACUUGGAGGAAUUUGAUGGCGAGUGGGAUGAUGCUUUCCUCAACUGGGUUAAUGUUUCUCAAAGGUGGAAGGAAGAAUAUCGGGUGUCGCCUAAUGGUGACUGGCUUCCUUUGAACUUUGUCAAGAAAAAUAAAGGGUUUGCUGCAAGAGCAUCACUUUUUAAGCAAGGUGGACCAUUAGCUUGCGAAUUGGCACGACAUCCUGUUGUCCUGAAUGUCAAUGACUGGAUGUUUUGCCAUGGUGGUCUUCUUCCCCAUCAUGUUCAAUACGGGAUUGAACGCAUCAACAAGGAAGUAUCGAAUUGGAUGCAAUGUUCAAGUGAAGACAGCGAUGAUACCGAUCUCCCCUUCAUAGCUACCAGAGGAUAUGACAGUGUAGUAUGGACUCGUUUGUACUCUCAAGAUUCAGUUGAAAGGACACAGCGUUCUUGGGAUCUAUCUUCUAUUGUCGCUGAACAAACAUUGAAAUCUGUUGGAGCUAAAGGAAUGGUCGUCGGACACACUCCCCAGACUCGUGGAGUGAACUGCAAAUGCGAUGGUAAAGUUUGGUGUAUUGAUGUGGGCAUGUCUUAUGGUGUACUGCAUUCGAGACCAGAGGUCCUAGAAAUAGUCAAUGACAGACCAAGAGUUCUAAAGGGCCAGAGGGACUCAUACGAUGAGAUGGAAGUGCUGGACUAUUUAUGA